GUUAUUAAUUAGAAGUUUUGUUAAAGUGAAGAUAGAGAAUAAGAUAUGUGUAAUAUUAAAUUAAUUGAACGAAUUGAAAAUGAUUUCCCUUUUGUAAUAUCAAUUCAAGUAAAAUCGUGUUUGUCUUUUGAAAAAACAAUGGACGGUCUUUCUGAUACAAAUGUCAAUGUGACAAUUGUCCCCGGACAAAAUCACCGUGCUGGGACCGGCGUGAAUAAUAAUAAAUAAUAAAUUAUCAAGUAACAUUAAUUAUCGAGACAUUCGCUGACACUUCCGUAAGGUGAAGCGGAAAUGGGAAACGCUAACUUCGCGCAACCUCCCAAGAUUCAUAAAGACCGGAAGGAGGGCGACGCAGAUACCGAUAAAGGUAGACAACCCGCGAACGGAAGCGGUAAAGCCGCCAGCCAAAGUUCACAGGGCCAAAAGGAUGGGCACAAAGUCGGUUCUCGAGCGACAAAUCCUUUCAUUAUUUUCUUUCUGCGACUUCGCAGCAAAAAACCGAAUGAGCAUGUUACCGUGAUAGCGCGAGCUGCGGGCAAAUUGUGGUCCCGGAUGACUCCCGAACAGAGAAAGAAAUAUGUGGAUCUUGCCAACGAAGAGAAGAAACGACGUCAGGAGAGGAAACGAAAGAGAAAACGAUCGUCCACACAUUCGAGAAUCCUUCAAAUGCAAGCUAGAGAUGUGAUCGCAUUCCUAUGUCCAGGAUGAAGUAACAAAGCUUGUAGAGGAUCUAUCUCGCGCAAGGAAGUGAUCUUACGCGCAAUAUGUCGUCGUACGUGGCACCUGGAAACAAUCAAAGAUGCAAUUACGUAUUUUUGAUUUCUUUUUAUUUGUUAGUAGUCUUUUUUAGAUCUAUGUACAAUAAAUAUUGAUGUAUUUUUAUACAUUA